ACUACCACAGCAACCAGGCCCCUCCCCUGGGUGUGUGAUGAGUUGGGUGUAAGAGGAGUGUUGGGAAUGUUGUUUUUAGAGAGGCGCACAAGGCAGGAGAGUGUGUCUGUGAGAGUGUGUGUGUGUCACUCAAUCCAACCACACCGUUCAAAACUCUUUUCCUGCAGAAUCCUAUUUACACACCAGCACUGACUCCAGGAUGGGUGAAGAUUCCUCUCAUGCUGAGCGAAGCACAGCCACCCUACCCAGGGAGGAGAGCAGCCCAACACCACCAGCUCCAGCCAUAGAUGCUCAGGAUCUCCUCAUCCCGAGCUUCAGUACCAGCUCGACACCCUCUUCUCCCGUCCACACGCUCACCCGCCUGGGCUCUAAAUCCCCCACCAGCCCCACGGCUUCUGGGGGCCAGAUCAGCGCCAUCACGGUGGUGGCUCUGCUUGACAAGUUGGUGGUGAUGAUCGAGUCGGUGCAAGAGAACCAGCAGAGGAUGGAGAAGAAACAGGCUGAGCUAGAGGGUGCAGUCAGGGUGGUGCAGGGCGAUGUUACCCGGCUCACCAAGAGCCACAUGUCCACAGCCAACAGUGUGGCCAAGCUGCUGGAGCGCUCACGCAAGACAGGCAACAAUGUGAAGGAGGUGAGGGAACGUCUGGAUAGACAGAGCAGCCAAGUGAAACGUCUGGAGGCCAACCACGCCCAUCUGCUGAAGAGGAACCACUUUAAAGUGCUCAUCUUUCAGGAGGACAUUGAAAUCCCCUCCACUCUGCUCACUAAAGAUGGAAUUGCCACCUCUCAGGAUGAGAUGGUUCCAUCUGCACCAACUCUUCUUACUGAACUAAACCGCUCCCAAGACGAAGGCCUGCAGACCAUCAGCCUCUCCUCUGAUGAGGAGGAGGAAAAGGGAGCAUCAAGCCCCCUGGCAGAGGCUGGCACAGAUUCCCUGGCAGAUCUGCAUGAGGAGAGCCUCCCAGACUUUGGAAGUGAACGUCUUGAGCGUUCUCGUGCUGACAAGUUCAAGCGCUCCAGUCUGAAGAAGGUGGAUAGUCUGAAAAAGGCCUUCUCUCGAAGCAGCAUCGAGAAGAAGAUCAAUAAGAUUGUGCCUCCAGAACAACGUGAGAAGAUCAAGAAAAGCUUCACCCCGAACCACCCAAAGAGCCCCACUUCUAAGAGCUCGUCCUUCAAAGUCUCUCCAAUGACCUUCAAUGUCAAGAAGGUACGAGAUGGAGAUGCUGACUCCUCUCAGCAGCCUGAGAGCUCACCCAGAAAUCUCAGCCCAGUCGAGGUGCCCUCCAUAGGGGGACCUGAUGGUGAGCUGCCCCGUGGUGAUUUACACUCCCCGGGAGGGAAAGCAAAUGGAGACGACCAUAACACUCCCUCCACCCCAGGCAACGCAGAUGAUGAGGUGUCUGUUACAGAGGGGGGUGGAGAUCUUGAGAAUGGUCCCUCUUCAACACUGGCUGAGAAGGAAGUCAAGAGAGAAGAUAAUGAUGCUGAUGAUAAUGAGGAAAAUGGGGAGGAGGAGGAGUUGGAGAAGCAGGUGAAGGAGAAAGAACCAAGACCUGCGGAAGAUACUUCUGCAGCACCCACAUCAACUGCAGCUACUGUUGAGCAAACUUCUUAGAUUUAUUAGUUGUAUUCUAAUCUCUAUCCCUUUGACUUUAGUCUACUUCUGAUACUUUGGGAAUCAUAGUUACUGUUUACCCUUGUGCCACUGGUAUCUUGUCCCCAAGCUUGUUUAAUGUUAAAUAGCAUGUAUGCUGAAAUAACAUUGAAUUAACCCAAAAUAUAAUGUAACAAUAACCCAUUGUAUUAAAUUCAGACACUAAGAAUGCUCUUUUUGGAGGAAAUUCCGUUUAAAUAGAUUCUAUACAAAGAUCCAGAGAAUAGUACAGUAGUCUAGACCACUGUCAUCACAAUGAUACAGCAAAAUAACAACAUUUUCCUGUGGAAGCCAGCGAAUACCUUGAAAUUGUCUGAACCACAAUGCCUGAACUCUUACUUUCUCUUUCACAAACUUUUUUUUCCCUUUGUGUGUAGAAGAGACAAUGCGUGUGCCAAUCUGUCCUGGAGUCCAGACUCUCUUCUGUCAAUGUACAUAAGUUGUAGUAUUCAAUCUCUUACAAAAAAGUACCAUGGUAUUAUUCCCAUUUAUUUGACAUUACUAUGAUGGUAAUACCAUGGUAUUGUUUGAAGUACCAUCUAAAUACCAUGGUGUAUGAAUAUGGUAAUUAUAUGAAACAUGGAUAUACAUAUAUCGCACCAUGGAAUUACCAACUGAAAUCAUCUACCUGGUCAACAAUAGGGCUUUCCACACUGCGGUUAACCCUGGGUUUUAACCCCGCUUUUAACCCCUGUGUAAAGCAACGUUUCACACUUGUCAUUUUGAAAGGAGGUUAGCAUUGCUGUUAACCCGGGUUUAUGAAACCCUGCUCCAGCGCAGCGUUAACCCCGCAUUGUAGUGGCAAAUGUAUAGACCAUUUCAAGGGCUAUUUGUCAGUGUAAGGAAGUGAAGUCAUUGCUCCUUCAAAAUUUUCGGUUUAUUGUCAAACUCAUUCAAAACAACAGCAGGAAGUGCUUUAUUCAUAGUGACUUUAACACAAUUAACAUUAAUAGCAUUAAUACGAUUGUAAUAGAAUGUCAUUAUUAAAAUUUGGACCAUGUUGUUCAGUGGCUGGAUGCUCCCUUGAUGCCUGGAACAAACGGAAAUUAGUGUUUAGAUUUCCAAAAAAAGCUACCACAAUUGGACGCAUGAACUGCUGCAGUGAAACAAGAGGUCUGUAUGGAUACGUGCAGUACUGACUAUACUAAGUAUUAAUUAAUAGUACUAACUACUAACUGUAGCACACAUCUUAUCUUGGGUAUGGGAAUUACAUUUUUGCCAACUAAUAGUAAGUUUGAUAUGUAGUGAUAGCUGGCAAAUUAAGUCAGUAUAUUUCUUUUCGACCUCUAAAAGUGACUAUAUAUCGCUCCCAUUAUAAUGAAUGAAGCUGCGCAAGUCAUUACUUUUACAGACAUGUUGCAGAUGCUUUUAUCCAAAGCAACUUACAAAUGAGGAACCUAAUAAGCAAUUUGGCAUACAAAAGUCAAUAAUAUCUGCAGUAUAGCACUGCCAAGUUCUCAGAGUAGCUGGAGUAAUAUAGAAGCUACCAUAGAAGAAAGAGACAAACAAGGAACCUUUUUUUAUAUAUAAUUAAAAAGAAACCCUUGUCUGCAAGUCACGUGCUCGCAGCGUGAACAGCUUAAUUGAUUACAACAGGAGUGAUCCAAUAUCCCCAACCUUGCCGCUGAGGAAAUAAUUGUGAGCAUCUAAACUAUGAUACCCUUUCAUCACUUCUCUCGCUUAGACUCUCAGUAUUAAUAACACAUCUGGAUAAGUCACUUCAGGUAAACGUUUGGUGUUCUUCAAGAAAAUGUGUUGACCUUAUUCAGCCCCGCCCCUUUUCCGUGCUCCGCUCUACAGAAUUUUGUCAUCUAAUUUCCUGUUUGUAUUAGAGUGUACUGAGAAGAGUCGAUCAAAAUAGAUUACAUGUGGGAGCACAGAAAGUAUUUUUCCCCAAGUGUUGAUGGUGUGAGUCUACAGCACCCCUUGAUGUGAAAAUGCUAGUACGGUGUUUUUUCUGUCACCUCCACACCCACUGAGGUAAACUGGACCUGGCAGAUUACAUUCAGACAGCUAUAACACACUACACCUUUUAAUGAUACAAGCGUUUUAUUGUUAUACAUGUAAUUCUGCUUAAUGUUUAGGUUUCAACUUGUUAAUAAUUUGUGUAAAAAUGUGUAGUUGACAUGAAAUUUCAAACAAUGUCAGCUAGUAUUAUUACACAUGCAAGUGCAACAUUAAAGAAAAUUACAAUUGUACUUUUUAAAAUUAAUUUGUCACCCUUUUAUUGUUUCAGCUAGACUCUAAAAGCUAGUCAUUUUAUUUUGACAGUUCUGGGUUAUAAAAAUAUAGCAUUCUUAUUAUUUUGUUAUUGUUUACGUCCUUGAAAUGGUCUAUACAAUGUAAAACGAGGUGGUGAUAGAAUGUUAUGGAAAGUUGUUAAGCAACACACAACUAAUCAUAUAAUGCCUCAGUACUUAUCUAAUUUAAGUCACGCGCUGCCUACGUUCAACGUCUAAGGGAAACCAGUAAAAUGACAAACAGUGAUGUCAAGUGCGAUAACGGGUCAGGAAGAAACAUGUAUUCCUUUUGUGUGUUCGUGGAAUGUUUCAGAAGAUGAAAGACAAACAGAGCUGAUUUGCUUGACAACAUUUCCACAGAAGAGUAUCUCCAUUAAUAGGUUGCGUGUCCAUCACAAGAUGUAUUCAUCCAAUCAUUAUUAUUGACACCACAAAUAUGGAAAUAAGAACAUUAACCUGGGGUUUACAGAUUUACAGUGUGAAACAUGAUACAAGAUAACCCAGGAUUUAGUUUACCCAGGGUUAAGGAUGUUGAAUGUGAAAAGCCCUAAUGAGAUCAGGUUGGAUAUCACCACUGCAUCAUGGUAACAGCUUUUGUAAGGGAUAUAACUGACAACUACAAAAGAGGUCAAAUGUUGACUAAGUUACAUUUUUAGAACUUUUAUUAAAAUAUUUAGCAGCA